AUGGCGGCACACAAUCCAGCCAUUGGGGUCUUUCCGACGGAGAUCGUCACCAUCAUUCUGAGGGAGCAAGCGUCACAACACCAACUACAGCUAAGUACGCGACUAGUAAGUCGCAGAUUUGAUACUCUUGUGGUCGCCAUUUGGUUCGAGAAUGUGACUUUGACGGAACGAAACACAACCUUCAUGUUUGGCCAAAUGAAUGUUCGCAUUUUCGCAUUGCCACGAUCAUUCGGAGCAUCAAACGCUUCUUUACGAUUCGCAAGCAAUGUCGUAGAGCACACAAGGCAUCUAGUAUUCGAUUCUGAGUUCAGCAACAGCGCUCACUGUCUUCUCGCGACUAACUUUCAAAGACUAGAUAUCAUUGAGUAUGCUGCUAUACCAAUCCCUCCGAAUCCCCAGUGGACAGCCACUCUCGGUCAACUAGCGACGAAAUCACGCCAUCCACCAGGCAUACACUUGAACGCAAUUUUGAGCUUGCUAGGGUCAACAGGAACAUUUGCAACCAUCCCGCAAGGGUGCGUCGUGUCGCUCAAGAUCAUCAACUGGUCGAAUGACCAAGCUGUGCCAAAUCGAGAAACCAUUGUGGGGAAUUUCCUGAGAACCAAUCUGCAGCUCAAGACUCUGCAUCUUAGAGAGAUCAUAAGGACGCGCGGCACUCCAAGACAGGAAGACACCUUUCCUUCACUACCAAGAAUGACCGACGAGGACAGAUUCCCGGCUCUAGAUGAAUUGGUGCUGGAAAAUUACCACUGGCCGAUGAUCACGACUCAGCCCUGGGACUGGUCGCAAAUCGUUCAUCUAGAAGUGAAAGGGACCUCAAUUCUCCGCUUUCUCCGAUCGAUAACACCACAAAGCUUCGCAACCUUGCAAAUACUAAGGACGGAUGGAUAUGGAGCCUUCUCACAUGCGGACCAGUUCGAGGUUGAGAUCCGGACGCAGGAGCUGAUCACACAUAUGAGAGUACUUCGCCGGCUCAGUGUACGCGUGAUUCAAAUGAACUUUGCUUGGCUUCAUGCAAUACAACGUCAUGGUCGUACCCUACAUGAACUUUCGUACAGACUCUUCGACAGAGACUCCAACGUUGUCACCCAAGCUUUACCGUACACACCAAUCGUCGGGUCAAUCAUUGAUCUCGUCAAAGUCAAGGAGGCAUGUGCGAACCUCACAGAAUUGAGCAUCGACCUUGAUAUGGUGUACACCUCACCAUCGAAAGAAGUUUGGAGCAACGCGUUGGGGCAAUUGCGCAAUUUGAGGCGAUUGACUGUGUACUCUAACAAUAUGAUCUUUGAUGAUCAAGUCCUCGAUCCAAGACAGCAUUUUAUCUUCUUUGUCUCUCAGUUCUGUGAAGGCUUGUACAGGUCAAAGUAUGGCGCACCCUUCGAGAAGGUGACCGUCGAAAUCUUCGCCAGCAUAGCUCCAGCACCUCCACAGUCUGCAAUCAUCAGAUACUACUGGAAUGGACAGAUAAAUCUAGGUACACCACACGGGCCGGUGAUCAUGGGUGAAAGUUGGGCGGUUUAA